AUGCUCGCGAUCUUAUCGAUUCUAAGCGCUAUCAACCAGGCCAUUUGCUACUCAUACGCGCCCAUUGACAGCAUCGUCGAGUCACGAUGGCAGGAACGGAUUCACUCCGAACACCUCAUCACUAUUUAUUUCAUCUCGUACAUUCCGUGCUCUUUCAUUGGCUCCUGGAUCAUAGAUAAAUUCGGUUUGCGCUUUGGUGUUUUACUUGGCGGAUUAUUACAAGCGGGAGGUGCAGGUUUACGGUACUUCUCGUGUUCUCUUGAUAGCGCUCAAGAGCCGUACGUGACAAUACUAGGACAACUACUAGCGUCGUUUGCGAUGCCCUUCAUGGUGAACUCUCCUGCUGUAUUGUCGGCCAACUGGUUCCCUUCAUCUAUGCGAGCCACAGCCACCAGUGUCGCGAUUAACGCCAACGCCAUGGGAACUGCCAUCGUCUAUCUCACCGCCCCAUUCGUGGUAUUAUCAAGUGAGCAAGUCCCGUUCUACAACUUCUGUAUCGCUGUAUUAGCUGGAGGCUCUUGGCUCAUUGCUCUCCUAUUUUUCCAGUCGUAUCCUAAAUCUGGUUCGGAUCAUUUUGUACCCAUUUCACAUUUAGAAGACGACUACGACUGGAGUCAGUGGGCCAACGCAUUCUCGCACAGUGGGUUUAAGCACACUGUAGUGGCGUUUUCUAUGGCAGAAUGUGUGUUGAACGCCAUGUGUGCUUUACUCACAAAGUUUCUGAGUGUCACGGAUUUCUCCACAACUCAGAUUGGCGUCUUUGGCGCAGUUUUUAUCAUCAGUUCGCUUGUUGGAAGUCAAAUAAUCAGUCGAGAAGUGGACAAGAGGAGGAGCCAUAAGGCGGUAUUGCAGCUUUGCUUGCUGCUUGUAGCACUGGGGGUUGCCGUUUUUCGACUGGUACCCAAGGUGGAGAUCCACUUUACGCUUCUUAGUCUGCUAUUUCUCGGGUUUGUAUUGGGACCGGUACAGCCGAUUGCACUGGAGCUGGGAGUGGAGUGUGCUUUCCCGACAAGUGCGGCGACAGUGGCAGCUCUCCAACAAUUAUGCGGGAAUUUCUUGUCGGCUCUUGCAGUUCCUACGUUGACCCGGAGUGGAUUUUAG